UGAUUUUAAUUAGAAGGAUUGUAGUAAUGAGAACAAACCACUCAGGGUUUAAGGCGGAGAAAUAGGCGGAGAUGGAAUAUUUUUUUCAUUAAAAGAAAAGAAAUGUGAAUGUAGUAUAGGAAGAAGAAAAUAUUAAACUGACAGCCGAGAGACUGAAAUGCAUUUAAAUAGCCCCAAAAAAAUUUAAGUUGUCCAAAUCUCAAAUGACUAAUUACCAGCCUCUAAUACCUUCAGAACAAACAAUGGCCCCACAACAAAUGCCCAUUUUUGCAACUCCUCCCACCAUUUCAAAUACUCAUCAAAAUUCAUUUUACGGGUUUGUAAACUCUGAUGCUUCUCAAAUUCUACCACAACACCAAUUAAUAUAUUCACAUCCUCAACAACAACAAAUUCCUUCACGUCAGCCUAUUUCAAUGCCUCCAAAUUUUCAAUGUUCAAGAUCUCAAACAGAAGCUCAUUUUUCAUUGAUUUCUGAUUCUAAGCCAAUGGAGCUGUUCAUCCCCGGCACUUCUACGAUUGGCGAUGGAAUUGUUGAUUGGGAGGUUUCUAUAAACAAAUCAAAAUUCUCUGAUGACGAAAAACACACAAAAGUUCCAGGACAACGCUAUAAACGAAAAAGAACAUUAAAUGGUAGUGAGGAAGAUGAGCCAAAUUCUCGUCGAAAGCGAUACGAAGGAUUGAUUUCUAAUGAAGAAGCUUUAUUGUUGAAUGGAUUUAGAACAAGUUCUCCUGAAGAUACAGAAAGAUCACCAGUACCACAUACUGAAUUAGCUACCCAAGGAUGUCAUUCCCAAAUUAACAACUGCAAUAGCCUACCAAUAAACUAUUUUGAACAAACAAAGGAACAAAAUGAAGAGGAGAAUGAUGAUGAUCGGUCAGCGACAGUAACGGGAGGCGAUGAACCAACAAUCUUUCCUUGGAUGACCCGAGUGCAUUCUUCAAGCAGUGAGUUUUGAGAAAAUUAAAUUAAUUAUUAGUUAGGGAUUUCACCACCCUACCAGUCGCAAUUUUUGGGAUAUUUUUUUCAUUUUCCUUUAUUUUACUUUCACCUUACAGUAUUUUCUCAUCAAUCUUUUUUUCAUUUUCUUUGUUAUUUUCUCAUUGAUUCACCCUUGCUAGAAGAGAGGCUUCUUAAAAGCCGGUUUAACUAAGACUCCUCCCCGAGAGGCAUUAACGGCUGCAAAUCGAUUGGGUGCAGAUUUUAUCUUUUUAAAAUAACUGGCGGUCCUUUUUUUAAAAAAGUGAUAUGAGUACUAACUAUUUAACUUUAUACGUGAGUGAAAAGUGGAAAAUUAAAACUCAUUUAUAACUUGUUAACUUGUAAAAAUACUAGUUAGUGACAAAUAUUUCUUAGAUUUCUAACGUUAUUUUUUUAAUUACAACGAGUGUGGGCAGAGAAUAAUAGUAAGAAAAAAUACUCUGAUAUAAUUAAUUGUCUUGCCGUAUUUAUUUUGAGGGAGGACAAUUGAUGAAGGAAAAAUUAAAAUGCUAGUGAUGAUGCUAUUCGCUGUGAAGCGCCUUCGGUCACUAACCAAUCCAAAAUUUCCUCUUUCUACUGUCCAUUGAAUUAGAUUUUUAAAAAAUAAUCUGGACCAGAGUCCCUCGGAUGAGCCUAA